AGAGGUGGCAGUAAGUGUGUCGUCUCCAUGGCGCUCCCAUUACGCUCGCAGCAUCUCUGUUCCGUCCCGUUAGACUCGGACAUCAUAUAGGAGACCGGCGUCACUGGCCAAAACUUAUCAUAACGAGCUGCGCUGUGUUCGAUAUCCCCGUCUAUAUCACUCCAAAACUUUAGUUGGUCUUCCCUCGAACACCGUGUUUCUCUGCAAACACCUAUCUUCCUGAUGGACGGGGAUGUGUGUGUCCGGCUCUGGUGCGGAUCUACGCGGCCACAGCGGAGGAAAAACACCGCUCGAAGGAGAAGAAGAUCCGAGCUGCUCGGAGUCAGGAUGUGUCUGAUGGGUCUAAUGCUCGCCGUGCUGUCAGGACUGACCAUCUGGACAGGCAAUUCGGGAUACAUCAUGUCCAGCGUUGCAUCUGAGGUCAGUGAGCCAUGGGAGAGUCGCAGGCUUCUUCAACACUUUACCAAUGAGACUGAGCUUUAUGCUGUGAGGAACUGCACUCAACCAGGUAUACACGAGUUCCCUCGGGACGUUUUUACUGAACAAGAGCGAAUGGAGGGAGCUGUGGCCCUGCACAUUAUUGGUGCCAUGUACAUGUUCUAUGCCCUGGCGCUUGUGUGUGAUGACUACUUCGUGCCAUCCCUGGAGAAGAUUUGUGAGCGCCUCCAUCUCAGUGAGGAUGUGGCUGGAGCAACAUUCAUGGCAGCUGGCAGCUCAGCACCUGAACUCUUCACCUCUGUCAUAGGAGUUUUUGUUACCAAGGGAGAUGUGGGAGUAGGAACAAUCGUUGGUUCUGCAGUCUUUAACAUCCUGUGCAUCAUUGGAGUGUGUGGGAUCUUCGCUGGUCAGGCGGUGCGUCUCUCCUGCUGGACUCUAAUGAGGGACUCCAUGUACUACACUGUGUCAGUGGCCACUCUGAUUGUGUUUAUCUAUGACGAGAAGGUUACAUGGUGGGAAUCACUUAUCCUGAUUUUGAUGUACCUGGUUUACAUUUUAAUAAUGAAGUGUAACUCAUAUGUGGUGCACUACUUUGAGCGGAGGAAGAAGAAAGCUACAAACCUGGGAAAUGGUACAGCGAGCAACACAGACCUUGAUGACGGAUGUGAUGCUACGGCAGUGCUACUCAAGAAAGCGAAUUUCCACAGGAAGCCGUCAGUACUGAUGGUGGAUGAGUUGCUGUCUGCGUAUCCACACCAGCUCUCCUUCUCUGAAGCUGGCAUGAGGAUUAUGAUCACUAGUCAUUUUUCUCCUCGCACCCGUCUUACCAUGGCUUCCCGCAUGCUCAUCAUGGAGCGACAGCGUCUCAUCAACGGUCAUUUCAGUAAUGGUGAUUCUGAGGUGAUAGUCAAAUUUCCUGUAAGGCGUGGAAUGGAGAAUGGCAUUGUGAGUGUAGAACGAGGCCUGAAUACAUGGAGGAACGGGCAUCGAGAUGAAGAAACACGAGGUGCAGAUCCUGGCACUGAUACAGAGAAUGAGAACGAGGAUAAUGAGAACAAUGAGAAUGAUGAGGAGGAGGAGGAGGAGGAAGAUGAGAAUGAAGGACCCUUUGUUCCUUUCCACUGCCCAGGGGGCAUGUGCAAUAAGGUCAAAUGGAUGUUGGCAUGGCCUCUGAGUCUGCUGCUUUUCUUCACGGUGCCCAACUGUGCCUCACCUCGCUGGGAGCGCUGGUUCAUGGUCACCUUCAUCAUCUCCACACUCUGGAUCGCUGGCUUCUCUUACAUCAUGGUGUGGAUGGUGACAGUCAUCGGCUUCACGCUCGGCAUCCCAGAUGUCAUCAUGGGAAUUACAUUUUUGGCUGCAGGCACCAGUGUCCCUGACUGCAUGGCGAGCCUUAUAGUGGCACGGCAAGGCCUAGGUGACAUGGCUGUGUCAAACUCCAUUGGCAGUAAUGUCUUUGAUAUACUGGUUGGCCUGGGGCUUCCCUGGGCUCUUAAGACUCUUGCUAUUGAGUACGGCUCAACAAUUCAUCUCAACAGUAAAGGCCUAAUUUUCUCAGUUGGACUGCUUUUAGCAUCCGUGUUUUUUACGGUUCUGGGUGUGCAUCUGAAUAAGUGGACCCUGGACAAACGUCUGGGCUUUGCGUGUGUCCUGAUGUAUGCCAUUUUCCUGUGUUUCUCCAUCCUUAUUGAAUUCAAUGUCUUCAUCUUUGUCAAUCUGCCCACUUGUCAUUGACAACACCCUUCUCGAUCACUUACCCUCUUUUGGUCGGUUCCAUGAGGACUUGUCAUUCCUUGUCGAAGGAAGAUCUGACCUGUCCUUUUUGAAAACUUUCUUCUUGAUCAAGUAAAUCCUCCCUUUUUUCCACUUGUGAUGGAGCAUUUGGUCAGUAGCUUUGGCCAGUGGAAAGAGGAAAAGAGAGGAGCACAUGUGCAUGGUGGACCUGAUCAAAGACUCAGACUUCUUAGACAGGACCGGGAGAUGGACAAAGAUGACUACUGCCUGGUUUGAUGUGAAAACAAAGGUUUGAACAUUUUAUAUGAAUAUUAAGAACUGAAUUGUUAUUGAAAUAUUAAGAAUUUUAUGUUUGUGUGUAUAAUGAUGUUUGUUUUAUUAGCUGCUAAACUGGCUAAGAAAAGGUCAAACUGAAGACCGUGGCCAUGAUGUACUUAGUACUUAUGGAUACACAAAUGUUUAUGAUAUUGAAAGAUUUCUUAAGAGAUUACUUUAAUAGUAGCUAAAAGGUACUGGCGACCUGUUACACACUCUUAUGGACAAUACAGAUGUGGUUGAUCAGGUGACUGGAGAUUAUAAUGGGCAUUAAACCCAGAUUAAUUCAUACUUCCCUCACCAGCUCUGUCUGGCUGCCAGGGAUUAUAUUCCUCAACAUUGAGGAUUCAUUUUUAAACAUGUUAAAUAAGAGUAUGUUUACUUAUUGACUAGAUGACCAGAGUAGGAAAGGUUGAAAGAUUGUUGUACAUAUAAAGAUAUUUAUAGUUAACUAGGGCUGGACAUAUUUUCCCUUGAAGGUCAUGAGGAAGUGUUAUGUAAGUAUCGGUGGUAUUUGGUACAAGGAAAUACUUUGAUCAGGGUUCUAGUUGUCUUGCCAAAAGUAAACAAUUUAUGGUAAAAUUGAAAAUGAAAAUAUGUUGAUGCUGAUAUAAGAUGUUUACUAAUUAUUUGUUUUGUCAGUUGCUCUGUAUAUAUGGAAGCAGAGAUUUGUCUAUUUAAUAAUUUAUUGAAAAACUAUUUAUGCACAGUAAUUUCUUAUUGUAGUCCUAAAGGAAACCACAGCUGUCCCAAAGAAAUGACCAGUUUCAGCCACGCUUUGUCACUUUAACGUUGAAAGCUUUGUGUGCCACUUUUUUUUUAAUGAAAUAGUUUCAGCAUACCUACAGUACGUGGCAUGAUCACUGCAAGGGGUCAACAGACAGUAUGUGUGUUUCACUUAGUGUUUUUGGCCAGUCAAAAGAUGUCCACCAAGAGGGCCCGGUCAUGCAAACCCCUGUAGCUGAUUAACAGGAACGCAUCCUGGUAAAAUGAAGCUAUUAUCUUAAUUAGUAGGAUUUCAUCAAAAAAUAUGAUUUUAUGCAGGAAAAAACCACUCUAACACUCUGGUCUUGUAGAUACUUGUAAAGUAGUUUGGGCUUUGAGGAUGAAUCCAAACAUCAUCUAGAAAUAACUGAAAGCUUGCGUGUUUGUACUGCUUUCACACAACCUAUUUGGAUCGUCUAGUUUGGAGAUAUCACUUGAAAAAAUAUCAUCACCAUGGAUCUGCCUGAGAACUGUGAACAGUGGUACAGCAACCUGUAAACCUAUAAGCUGUAUCUUAUCAGAGGGCUUUAUCCAGUUUAGAUAGGUGCCCAAAAUCCAGCUACAGUAACACAACCCAAGUCACUCUGUCACAAUAUAUGUUAUAUGAAUAUACAUAUAUUUAUGCACUGAGCAAUUUACAUGGUCUUACUGUUCCUAGCUGAACAGCAGAAUUUAGCUUAUAUAACUGUAUUGUAAAAUGCUGUAAAAUCAGCAAAGUAUUUUUAUCACAAAGAAGCUGUUUGUACUUUAUAAUGCAAAAUGUUUCAAAAGGUUAUCUGCUUUCAAAUUUAGGAUGUGCAUCAACUUAUUUGAUAUGUACAUAGUCUAGCUCAUAAAAUUAAUUUUCAAUUGUACGCUGUUCAUUUCUUAAAGUGUUUCUUUCUAGCUACAGUUUAUACUAUGUCCUAUUCCUUUUGUUACUUGGAUAGAAAAUAUCGUUCUUAUAUUUGCCAUAUUGAUAGUUGUGUUGGUGUAUUACUUUGUAAGAGUGUGAUUCCCAAAAUCCCAAAAUUGAAAUGUCAGUAUUAGCAAUAGGUCUGAUCAAUGUGUCAUUUGUACUUAAUGAAAUCCUUGGCUUAUUCCAGAUAGAAUGUAUAGUAUGGGACCUUUUAGGGUUCUUUGUUGUUUUGUGUGUGUGUGUGUGUGGUUUUUUUUUUUGUUUUUUUUUUUUGAGUAUAAGGGUUGUUCAGUAUUAGCUAGUUCAUUUGAGGUUUUGUUGAAGAGGUUUACUUGAGACUUGAAGGCAAACAGGGUUUAAAUUUAGAGAUCCAGUUAAUUUAUAAUGCAAUAAUAAUUAUUCAUGUUUAAAUACGGUGUUUUCUCAUACCUGUCCUGAAAAAAAUACACUUUGACAACUUUAUAGUUUAGCUACAUAGUUCAGUAAAGAUUUAGGUGGCAUUUGUACUUUUUCUUUUUAAAUCUACACAGCAGAAGUAGUGAAAUAAACAGUCAGCUAUCACUGAAUUUGUCAUAAACCUUAAAAUGCCAGUUACACACUUUAUUCGAUGUUCUCUACGAGUUAUUAUUCUGUCAGAGACAGGCUACUUCACUGAUACAGUUCUCAUGAGCUGUGCUAAAAGGCCAGUGCCAGUUAAUCAUUUUAGUAAUAUACCUUGCUGCUGUUCCUUUAUAUACACAACAAACGAUCACACUGAUUAAAGCAAGGACAAGCACAACUCAUCACAUUAUACUUAAGAAUAACAUUUUCUCUGCAUAUAUACUAAACUGAGGCUCAUCUACUGGAGUUUUUUAGUAAGAUGAGAGCAUUUCCAAACACACAAAUGUGAUUCUUACCUGGUGAAGCAUUGCUGAUGUACAUAUAUAUAGAUAUAUGAAAAUAUAUUUAUAUUUUCUGUUCUUACCUGUAUAUCUGUUAACUAUAUUUUCCUAGAUAUGUGUAAUGUUUGGGUCCUCAUUUGUGUUUUGAGUAAAAUGCCCAUUUGGUUUGCUAGUUCGCAUGAAGAUAUUUUAACAUAAGAACUGACUUCUGUUUAUUAUUAUCUAACAGUGAGCACUGAAGAAAAGCAGCUGUGGAAUUAGACCUCUUAGAUCACUGCAUGUUUUUCAUGGGAAUACUGCUGGACCUUUUGAUUCUUUAAUGAUGGUACCAGUCAAAGUCCAAAUCAAUGGUUUACUAUACAUUGAGACAAGAUGAGAAAGAAUUGUUUGCUUUAUGUUCUAAAGUAUUUUGUUCAGGUGAUUGAAGUGUAUAUCAGAGUACAUUUUUGCUACUCCAACUUAAAUAAAAAUGAUCUUU